UCGUCAUUGCGGUCUAUAUUUCAGCAUCGGUGAUCAUUUUACAAGAUUUUUAAGUCUUCCGUGCUUUUUUGUUAUACUUUUGUUUUUAUUUAGUUUAAUUUUUCUAGUGAAUCAAAUUUAACAUAAUCUCUUGUGAUAUUCGUUAUUUCGCGAGUAAGUUUAAAUAAAGUAAAACACGAAGGAAAGUUGGCAAUUGGCAGCCAUUUCGACUUGAAUAGAUAAAAUAAGACACCCUAAAAUCAGGUCAUACAGUAUAUUUUUGUGACCAAAUCAUCAAUAUAUUAAUAAUUAGUCGUAUAUUUUCUCGGAUUUAAGCAGUUUUACAAUAGUUGUGUUGCAUAGUGUCGAGUUAUUGCGGAUUAUAACGAGCAGUGCACGCGUCCUUCUUGAAUGAUGAACCAGGAGGGGUCAGAGGACGAGUCUGGAUCGGACAGGAACGCAGCGUCGGACAAGGAAGAAGACGAGUCUAAAAGUGGAGACUCAGGAAAGAGUGAUGCGGAAUCAGACAAAAGUGAUGCGGAAUCAGUCAAGAGUGAAGCGGGAAGUGUCAAAAGUGAACCUGAAAGUGUAAAGAGUGAACCUGAGAGUGUCAAAAGCGAACCUGAAAGUGUCAAAAGUGAAGCUGGGUCGAAAAAGAGCAAAGGGUCUUCAUCAGGAUCUGGAUCUGGAAGUGAGUCUGGCUCUGGUUCGGACUCGGAAGGUUCGUCUAAGAGUGGAAGCGGAAGUGAAUCGGACAGCAAAUCAACAACUACUAACUCUAGUCCUUCUAAGUCACACAAGAGACAUGAAAAGCAGGCCUGGGAUGAGAACCCAGAUGUGUAUGGGAUCAGGAGGUCGGGUCGCAGUCGCAAGGAACCUGAACGUCUCAAGGUCGCUGAGAGUGACUCCAACACUAGCGACAGAGGACGUGGCGGUCGCAGGUCUUCUACCAACAAGAAGUCUCCUAACAAGACAUGGAACUCAGAUUCAGAGACAGACUAUGACAGUUCUACGGACAAGGAUGUACCUCGCAGCAAGCCUCCAAGUAGGAGAGUGGCGCGGCCUCCUCCCAAAAGGUCACCGCCAAAGCGUAGUCAACCCAAGAGGAGAUACUCAUCCUCGGAAGAAUCCAACUACUCAUCUGACGAUGACAAGUCUAAAAGGUCCAAGGGCAGGAGAGGUGCAGCCACGACAGCUGUUAGCUAUAAGGAGGACAGUGAAGAGAAGACUGACUCCGAUGACCUUGUAGACGUGGAGUAUACGGAACCUGAUCCUGCAGUAGUGGACAACGCUGAGACCAUCGAGAGGGUCCUGGCCAGGAGACGGGGCAAGAAAGGAGUGGUGGGGAACAUCACAACAGUGUACGCUGUGGAAGAGAAUGGUGAUCCAAACAUAGGCUGCGACCCUGAAGAUUUAGAGACUACAGAGCUGCAAUACCUCAUCAAGUGGAAGGGGUGGUCUCACAUACACAACACAUGGGAAUCUGAACAAUCUCUCAAGGAUCAGAAGGCCAAAGGCAUAAAGAAACUGGAAAAUUUCAUAAGGAAGGAAGAAGAGAUAGAGUAUUGGAAGAGUCGGACUACUCCAGAAGAUAUAGAAUACUACGAGUGUCAGUUGGAGUUGCAGCAGAACUUGCUGACUAGCUAUAACAGGGUGGAGAGGAUCAUAGGCAUAUCAAAAGACAAAGCAGAAUAUUUUAUCAAAUGGGAGUCGUUACCUUACUCAGAAGCUACUUGGGAAGAUGCAGCUCUCAUAGAGAAAAAAUGGCCGAAGAAAAUCAAAGAAUUUCGGGACAGAGAAGACUCAAAACGCACACCAUCAAAAAUGACAAAAGCUCUGAAAAUCAGACCUAAGUUUGUGAAAAUCAACGAUCAGCCUGAAUACAUGGGAGGAAAUGAGGUGUUGACCUUGAGAGACUACCAGAUCAGUGGACUCAACUGGUUGGUACACUCGUGGUGUAAGGAAAAUUCUGUUAUAUUGGCAGACGAGAUGGGGCUUGGAAAAACCAUCCAGACAAUCUGUUCGUUGUAUUACCUGUUCCACACACACCAGGUUUACGGACCGUUCCUUGUUGUUGUUCCUCUCUCCACAAUGACGUCGUGGCAACGGGAGUUUUGUCUCUGGGCUCCUGAGUUGAACGUAGUCACAUACCUGGGCGAUGUUUCAUCUCGUAAUAUUAUCAGAGAUCACGAGUGGAUGUUUGCCACAUCGAAGCGGCUCAAGUUCAACGUGGUGCUGACUACGUACGAGAUUGUGCUGAAGGACAAAGCCUUCCUCGGCAGUCUAGGCUGGGCCGUGCUGAUGGUAGACGAGGCUCACCGGCUCAAGAACGAUGACUCUCUGCUGUACAAGACUCUCAAGGAGUUUGACACCAACCAUCGUCUGCUCAUCACAGGCACUCCCCUGCAAAACUCUCUCAAGGAGCUGUGGGCACUGCUGCACUUCAUCAUGCCCCAGAAAUUCAACAACUGGGAGGAGUUUGAAAGAGAGCACGAUCAUGCUGCCACAAAGGGUUAUGCCAAACUGCACAAACAACUGGAACCUUUCAUCUUGAGGAGGGUGAAGAAAGAUGUGGAGAAAUCACUUCCCGCUAAGGUGGAACAAAUUCUUCGUGUCGAGAUGACCUCGAUACAGAAACAAUAUUACAAGUGGAUAUUAACGAAAAACUACAACGCUCUGCGCAAAGGAACCAGAGGGUCUCCGGCUACUUUCAUCAACAUUGUGAUGGAGCUGAAGAAAUGCUGCAAUCACUCUUCUCUCACCAAACCUGUAGAACUUGAGGGACGACUGCCUCCAGACGAUCAACUCCAGAUGCUGCUGAAGGGGUCAGGCAAACUAGUGCUGUUAGACAAGCUACUGGUGAGGCUCAAGGAGACAGGACACAGAGUGUUGAUAUUCUCUCAGAUGGUGCGCAUGCUGGACAUCCUGGCAGAAUAUUUACAACUGCGGCACUUCCCCUUCCAGCGACUAGACGGCGGUAUUAAGGGAGAGUUGCGGAAGCAAGCGCUAGACCACUUCAACGCUGAGAACUCUGCAGACUUCUGCUUCCUCUUGUCUACCCGAGCGGGAGGUUUGGGUAUCAAUCUGGCAACAGCGGACACGGUGGUCAUCUUCGACUCGGACUGGAACCCUCAGAAUGAUCUGCAAGCGCAGGCUCGGGCUCAUAGGAUAGGACAGAAGAAUCAGGUGAACAUCUACCGGUUGGUAACCAAGUCCAGCGUAGAAGAGGACAUUGUAGAAAGAGCAAAGAAGAAGAUGGUCUUGGACCACUUGGUGAUCCAGCGAAUGGACACCACAGGACGGACUGUACUAGACAAGAAGUCUGGCUCGAACUCUACACCUUUCAACAAGGAAGAGUUGACUGCUAUACUCAAGUUUGGAGCUGAGGAACUGUUUAAAGACGAAGAGAAUGCUGACGAAGAGCCAACAUGUGACAUUGACGAGAUUCUGCGUCGGGCAGAAACCGCCGAGGACGCACCAGCUACUGCAGGGGAUGAGCUGCUGUCUGCCUUCAAGGUCGCGUCCUUCGCUGCCUUCGAGGAGGACAAAGACACCCAGAGUGAGCAGGAGCAGGAGGAAGAGACAAGGGACUGGGACGAGAUCAUUCCAGAAAACUACCGGGCAAAGGUGGAAGAAGAAGAGAAGGCCAAAGAAAUGGAAGACUUGUACUUACCUCCCAGAAGUCGCAAGACACUGCAGCAAAUUAAUCAGUCCGAGAGUGAUGGUGAAGGCAGCGGUAGAGGGAAGAAAAGAAAGAAGAGAACUGACUCAGAAUCUGGAAGUGAAGAAGGAAGUGAUGAAGAGCGGCCGAGAAAGAGAGGAAGACCUCCACAGAGAAAUAAAGAGAUGAUCAAAGGAUUUUCUGAGCCUGAGGUUCGGAGGUUUGUGAAGAGUUACAAGAAGUUCCCGGCGCCCAUGAAGCGGCUAGAGGCGAUUGCUUGUGACGCGGAGCUGCAGGAGAAGCCACUAGCUGAGCUGCGUCGGCUCGGCGACCUGCUGAAGGAACGAUGUCUGGCGGCUGUUGGGGAACAACAGGCGCAGAAGGAGAACGAGAACGAAGACAGCAACUUGUCUGCUGUCAACACAGGCAGGAGGCGAGGUAGAGGACCCAGCAUCAAGUUUGGUGGAGUCUCAGUCAAUCCCAAGACUCUGCUGAGUAUAGAGAAGGAACUGGAACCCCUAGACCUGGCUUUACCUGCCGAUGCAGAGGAGAGGGCCAAGUGGACGCUGGGACACUCGACCAAGUCAGCUAACUACGACGUAGAGUGGGGCGAAGCAGAAGACAGUGCAUUACUGAGGGGAGUUUAUCAGUAUGGGCUAGGUAGCUGGGAGGCUAUCAAGAUGGACCCUUCACUCGGCAUCAGCGACAAGAUACUGGCCAAUGACGACAAGAAACCUCAGGCCAAACACCUGGACAUGCGCGCGCAAUACCUGCUCAAGAUACUGCGCAAACGCAGCGGCCUCGGCUCCGACACCAAGAAACCUCCAGUGAAGAGAAGACCCAGAGGAAGUGUUAAGGUGGACACAGUCAACAAGAAGCCUGUCUCCAAGGAAAUCAUUGAUGAUGACAGUUCAGGAGCUGAAGACAAACCGUCUGCGCCAACCCCAAGCAGCACAGUCACUCCGGACCAGCCCAAGGAGAAUAGAGUCACUCCUCCUAAAGCGAAAACCGAAGAACCGGAGGUGGAGAAACAUAAAGAGAAGAAGAAAAAAGACACAGGUCCCAAGAAGAAAAAGAAGAAAGACAACACUGGACCGAUGCAUUUCACUGCAAACAGCGAGCCAAGAGCAUUAGACGUCUUGGGCGACUUGGAGCCACAAAUAUUUAAUAAGUGUAAGGAGAUGAUGAGGCCAGUCAAAAAGGCACUGAAGGCUCUGGACAACCCUGACCAGACACUGAGUGAGCAAGAGCAGCUGCAGACGACGAGAAAACAUCUGGUCAUGAUAGGUGAUCAGAUCAACAAGUGUCUAACACAGUACAAGGACCCCGACCAGAUCAAGGAGUGGAGAAGCCACUUGUGGGACUUUGUAUCGAAGUUCACAGAGUACGAUGCCAAAAAGCUGUACAAGUUAUACAAGCAUGCAAUCAAGAAGGUGAAACCGGAGAAAGAUUCAGAUGAAAAGAAGUCGUCAGAAAAAGACACGGAGAAACAUCAUAAAAAGAAAUCAGAAGAUGGAAAGUCGAACAAUGAAAAUUCAUCCAGUAAAAAGUCUUCUCUUCCAUCCAUUCCAAGGAAUUCAGAAAAAGAAGAUCGUAAGUCAGGGGAGAAAGAGAAGGAGGGUAAGCGGGCAAAGGUGGAUAGCGGAGGAACACCUCCCAGCAUGCAACGGGGGACAGGGAGCUUCAGAUCUGGCGGGGACAACAGAGGUAGUGGAGCUGGAGUCAACAGUCCUCACACUCGACCCGAUGGAGCUGGAGAUAGAUGGAACAGCCGGUAUGACAAGAGAGACAGAGAGAGAUUUGAACCUUACCCACGGAUGCAGGGACCCGCAGGAGCCGGGGGUAGCUACAACAGGGACAGGGAUAGGAACAGAGGCCGACCCCAUGAUAAGGGCAGAUUCCACCCGACAAUGAAUGCCGGAUAUGGUAACCCGUAUGGGUCGAGCUAUGACAACAACGGUGGUGGUUACAACCGAGGGGAGAGAUACCCGGGUCCCUCCCCAUCCAACUUUGCGGGUGACUGGAGGAGAGAUGGUAGCAAGGAUCGUAACCAAGAUUACCGAAGCAGAGAUUACGAAAGACGACCACCAGCUCCAACGGCCAACACGUAGUUGACUACGGUUAUCCAUUUUUUAAUUUCUCUACGAAUUAAUGACAUUUUUACUGAUUUUUGUCACAUCAGGACUGUUGAAGGAUUAUGUGAUCAUUGUAUAUUUAUUUGAAUCGUUUUCUCUGUAAAAAUAUUGUAAAGGUUCAGAACCGAGUGUACAGUGUUUGGGUGUUUGUAUUUAUUAGUUUUACACAAUCAAGUGAUGCGAUUUAGCCACAGGGUAGCAAGUGGUUCUUGUCUAUUUUAGGACUUCAAAGUGAAGUGUCUUUCUCAUAUUGAACACAUGUAUAGAAAAUCACCUUAUCAAUGUGAUCAUUGUUUUAUAAUGAUUAUUAUAGUUAUAUUUUUGUUUUAACACGGAAAAGGACAAACUUUAAUUUCAUUUGUUAUAUAUAUUAUUUAUAGAACUAUUUAUAUGUCUAAAAUUAGGAAUAUGUGAAAUGCCAGGAUAUUUUUGUGCAGAGUUUUCUCUUUUACACAAAUGACGGCUGAGAUUUUAAUGAUUAAAACAUUUUAUGAAA